AUGGCUACUGGAAUCCAAGAAAUGACAUGCAAGUCAGUCGACAUCGAUGGCUUCGGGUCGUCGGCCGAUGAUGAGUGGUUUACGAGCCACACCGCACCUGUGGACGGUGAAGAAGAAACUGGCGGGCACCCGUACCAAGUCAAAGCUCUCAGGCGCUACCUUGACGGUCAAUCGACAUCAAGCGAAGCCGCCGCCGCCAUCACCAAGCCGGAACCUAACUCUUCGGAAACAAAAGCGGACCUGCGCGACAGGGUGUUUGGUCUCAUGGAAAAUGCACUAUACGAGCUUCCUCAAUCCCAUACUACAGCGCUCGUCGCAUUGCUCAAAGAGAUUGACGCCCAGGGCGGAGAGGACGAAGGUGGAGCACCUCUAUGGAACGGCCUCAAGUCUUUCGGUGACUCCUGGUCCGACUCAUGGAAACAAGCACACUGGCGCAAAGCACUCGCCACGCGAGACCCCGGGACACGCGGUCGGCGGCGCGAGGCGCACGUUCACCGCGCUUUUGUCGAAGCCUCCUGUGCCGUGGUCGGUUCAUCCGUGGCCAAGGAUGAUGACGCGAAAAAUAGCGCCGAACGUGGUCUGCUCCCCAUGAGCUGGGGCUACGAGUGCAUUUCGGACGCGCUCGAGAGCCGCGACGGCGUGGUCUGGGACUUUGAAGUCCCUGCGGCGGCGGUCUGGCUUCACGUGGCCCGGCAGAGGCUGCGGGAGGGUGCGAAGAACGGAGAGACAAGCUGGGCACUAGAGAGGGAAGGAAGGCUUUGGGCGCCCGGGCCAAUGUCAGAGGACAGAUGGAACUUUUGGAUGGCAAGGAUGAGGGAGAUGGAGCACAUUGGAGGCGCGAUCACAAAGGCGGCUCGUGAGGGGCAGGAGCAGCGUUGA